CUAAGUUUAUUUAUAGUCUUAUCAUUAAAGUGUUUAUUAAGAGGAAAUAAUGGAAUUUUUUGAGAUUGAAAAUUUAAAUUCGAUCCGUAAAAUCACAAUUAAUAAUCCAAGGAAGAAAAAUGCUAUGGAUCGUAAAGCAUAUCUUGCUUUAGCAACAUUAUUGAAUAAAGCAGCUACAGACGAGACUGUCAAGUGUGUUGUUUUAACAGGAAAAGGAGAUUUCUAUAGCUCAGGAAAUGACUUGACACAAGAUUUUGGGGAUUUUUCAAAUGACUCUGGAACUUCUGGAAAUGAUCCUCUCCAUCUUUUAAUUGAAUCAUUUAUUAAAUUCCCAAAGCUCCUUGUUUGUCUGGUAAAUGGUCCAUGUAUCGGCAUUGCAGCAACAUCAGCAGCUCUUGCCGAUAUCAUCUACUGUUCAGAGAAUGCUUACUUUUACACACCAUUUACUGCUUUAGGUCUUUGUGCUGAGGGAUGUUCUUCCUACUUGUUUCCAUCCAUCAUGGGAUCUAGCAAAGCAAGUGAAUUAUUGAUGCUAAACCACAAAUUAUCUGCACGAGAAGCAUACGAAUUUCAACUUGUUGCUCAUGUCUAUAAAAAUGAAUCGGAAGUUUGGGCAAAGUUGAAGCAAAUCGAUAAACUUCCAAUUGGAUCUAUUAUUUCCAAUAAGAAGCUAAUAAGACGACCGAUGAUAGAAAAAUUAAUUAAGGUUAAUGAUGAAGAGCUAAAGGAGCUUCAGACGAGAUUUGAAAGUGAAGAGGCAAUUCAAGCAAUUUUAAAUUUUCAAUCUGCGAAAAAGAGCAAGUUGUAGUGAUAUUAAAUUUGGGUGAAGAUUGUGCUUUUUUGUUGCUAUGAGGUCCAUGAAUUUAAUUUUUUUUUUUUGUGAUAUAAGGUUUAUGCAUUUAUAGGAAUUUUGCAAGAAUAAAAUAAAUUGGAUAAGGAUCACGCGUUAAAUUUGAAGAUUUUUUUUGGGGACUGUUCACAAAUUAUGUUUAAUUUUACAAAAAGGAUUUCAGCAGUAAUAGGUGAAUAGCCCCUUAUAAAUCAAUCAAACUCCACAAAAAUGAAU